AUGCAACGCUAUGAUUACGUCGUGCGCAACUUGAAGGGCGAGGGGCUUCUGGAUUCGGGAUACCUAGCUCAUCCAUCCUUUAUUACGACCGACGAGUUCCUCGCUAUCACAAAGCCUGUGUCCAUCGCUGCAUCUGAAAUCGACAGCAUCUUCACCCAGAAGAACCGCUACGACGCCGAGAAGAUCUUGAUUGACCUGAAGAUCCCAUUCCAGAUCAACGUCUACGGAGGCGUCGACCAUGGCUUUGCGCUGAGGGCUGAUAUGAGCGUGCAGAAGAACCUUUACGCCAUGGAGGAUGCGUUCAAGCAGGCUGUUACCUGGUUUGAGAACUGGUUGUGA